GGUCGAGUAUACGAUUUUAUUAUCAAGCAACUCCCUGCUACCAAGCGUGGAAAUUUGUGUAAGCAAACGCAAAAGGCUUUAAGGAUUGAUAAUUUAUUCGAAAAAGUAGGAAUAGAUAAAAUUCAAUAUAUCAAAACUUAUAGCGCGGAUACUAUUUCAAGAUUUACUAAUUUACAGAUUCAAACGAUUAUAGACCACUUCACCAAAAAUCCUGAUAUAGAAUAUGCCGAUGAUUUAUCUGAAACUGAGGUAAGCGCUACAUCUACUCUCUCUAUCCCAUUGUCCCAUACCUCUAAUUCGUUUGAUGAUAUAGGUGAGAAUGUCAAAUAUUUACUGGAGACAGAGACCAAGGUAAGUACUUCAUCCGCAUCUCUACCUGAAACUAAGCUCCCAUCCACGUCUUUAGAAAAUUUUUCAAAAGCCGAGAUACAGGGUGUCGAUGAUGAUGAAUUCUCCAACGAGAACGACGAAGAGGAAGAUGAUGAUGGGUUCUGUGGAUUUUCUGAUGAUGAUAAUGAAG